CAUUGAUUCUAACCCUAUAUCUGAUUCUGAGCCUGACUACUUGCAUAACUUGUUUGCUUCGGAUUCUGAACUUGAUUUUGAAAUGGCUGAUAAUAGAACCUUAAGGCAAUUAGCUGCUCCUGAUGUGAAUUAUAAUGGCUUGUGUAUUGAAUAUGAUGCUGCUGCUGUUCCUUUUGAAUUAAAAUCAGGUUUAAUACACUUGUUGCCCAAGUUUAGUGGUCUUGCAGGUGAGGAUCCGCACAAACAUCUGAAAGAAUUCCAAGUGGUGUGUUCUACACCACUUAAGCCUGAAGGGAUCACUGAAGAUCACAUCAAACUUCGAGCUUUUCCUUUUUCAUUGCAGGGUGCAGCGAAGGAUUGGAUAUAUUAUCUCGAGCCAAACUCAAUUGCAAGCUGGACUGCCCUGAAAAAAGUGUUCUUGGAAAGAUAUUUUCCUGCUUCCAGAGCUGCCUCAAUAAGAAAGGAGAUUUGUGGCGUUAGACAAGGUAAUGAGUCGCUGACCGAGUAUUGGGAGAGGUUCAAACACUUGGUAUCUAGCUGCCCUCAACACCAGAUUACCGAGCAACUCCUCAUCCAAUACUUUUAUGAGGGGUUGUUACCAAUGGACAGGAACAUUCUUGAUGCUGCUAGUGGUGGAGCGCUAGUCGAUAAAACUCCAGCCGCUGCCAAAGCCCUCAUUGAAAACAUGUCUCUUAAUUCUCAACAGUUUACCACUAGAGACAAUUCUGUUCAAAGCGUGAAUCAAAUGCAGGUUUCUUCCAACAAAGCUCUAGAGACCAGACUUGACGAUCUCACCACCUUAGUCAAGCAGUUGGCAUUAGUAAAACCUCAAACAACAACUUUGUGCGGUAUUUGUACCUCUCCUGAGCACCCGACCGACACCUGUCCCAUUCUGAGAGACGAGUCCAUUACUGAGCUGCCACAAGCUUAUGCAGCCAACCUUUACAACCAAAACAGGUACAACAACACUCCUGACCUAUCCACCAACAAAUAUCAUCCCAGUUGGAGGAACCAUCCCAACCUUCGAUAUGGAAACCCACAAACCAGCCAACAACAGAAUCCACCUCAAGCUGUUGCCUCUACACCUUCCGGACCAUCCUUAGAGGAUCUUGUUAAACAAAUGUCCGUGAACAACCUCCAGUUCCAACAAAGGACCGAUGCUAGCAUUCAGACCUUGACAACACAGAUGGGACAAAUGGCCAAUGCAAUAGGCCAAUUACAAGCUCAAGGCUCCGGUAACCUUCCUGCACAAUCAGUUCCGAACCCAAAUGGGAAUGUGAGUGCAAUUACCUUGCGAUCCGGAAGAGUGACCGAACCAGCUCCAGCUCCAGAGAAAAGAAAAAAAACCAUUGCAACAUCAUCUGUUCCUGAACCUGCUGAACCUUCUGCGACCGCUGAGACUGCUGAGACUGAAAAAGCAUAUGUGCCACCAAUCCCUUUUCCUCAAAGGGUGCAGAAAAAUAAAAAGAAUAAGGCGGAAGAAGACAAGGAGAUUCUUGAUGUAUUCAGCAAAGUAGCAGUCAAUAUUCCUCUCCUCGAUGUGAUCAAGCAGAUUCCGAAAUAUGCAAAAUUCUUGAAGGAUUUGUGCACAAACAAGAGGAAAGUAAAGGGAAAUGAGAGAGUUAAUCUGGGCCGAAAUGUUUCAGCCCUUAUUGAGUCUAAUGCUGCACUCGAACCUGAGCCUGAAAAAGCUAAUGUCUCAGCCCUCAAUCAGGCCAUGCCACAGAAAUGCAAGGAUCCAGGAACUUUCUCUAUUCCGUGUACCAUUGGGGAUAGAAAAUUCGAAAAUUGCAUGUUAGAUUUAGGAGCUUCUAUUAAUGUCAUGCCUACUUCUAUUUUUAACAAUCUUGAUCUUGGUCCUUUGCAGCAUACAGGUCUUACUAUUCAGCUAGCAAACAGGAGCAAUGCUCGCCCUGUUGGAGUGGUGGAAGAUGUGCUAGUUCAAGUUAAUGACUUGAUUUUCCCUGCAGAUUUUUACAUCCUUGACAUGGCUGGAGAAACAGAGUCAAGCAGAUCGCCGAUCAUCUUGGGCAGACCAUUCAUGAAGACGGCAAAGACAAAAAUCGACGUUGAUGAUGGGACCAUGUCCAUGGAAUUUGGUGACAUUGUUGCAAAGUUUAAUAUUUUCGAUGCUAUGAAAUACCCUUUAGAAGAGCACUCUGUUUUUCAAUUAGAACUGCUUUCUGAAAUUGUUGAUGAAUUUCAUUCUGAUUUGUGUUCAGCUGAUGAUUACUCAUGUGAUGUUUGUACCGAUACUAACCUCUGUGUUGGUUGUGCUGAGUUUAAUUUGCAGGGCGAAGGAGAAGUUGUCAAUGAGGCUGCCAAUGAAGUUGUUUACGCAGUUGAAACUCUUGACAUUCCGACUGUUCCAACAAAACCAUCCAUAGAACAACCACCAUCCUUGGAGCUUAAACCACUUCCUGAGAACCUGAAAUAUGCUUACUUGGAGAGUAAUGAAAAACUCCCUGUUAUUAUCUCUUCUAACCUUGAUUUCGAUCAAGAACACAAACUUUUGCAGGUCCUGAAGAAGCACAAGAAAGCAAUCGGGUGGACAUUAGCCGACCUUCCAGGUAUUAGUCCAUCGAUGUGCAUGCACAGGAUUCUACUUGAGGAUGGAUCCAAAACAGUAAGGCAGCCCCAAAGGAGGCUUAAUCCUUUGAUUCUUGAUGUUGUGAAGAAGGAGGUAACCAAACUCUUGCAAGCAGGUAUAAUUUAUCCUAUCUCUGACAGUAAGUGGGUAAGCCCAGUGCAGGUUGUACCUAAGAAAUCUGGACUUACAGUGGUGAAAAAUGAAAAAAAUGAACUUGUUCCCACUAGAGUUCAGAACAGCUGGAGAGUUUGUAUUGAUUACAGGAGAUUGAACCAGGCUACGAGAAAGGAUCACUUCCCUUUACCGUUCAUUGACCAAAUGCUUGAACGGCUAGCUGGUAAAUCACAUUAUUGUUUUCUUGAUGGUUUUUCAGGUUAUUUUCAAAUUCAUAUUGCACCGGAAGAUCAAGAGAAGACCACUUUUACCUGUCCCUUCGGUACUUUUGCUUACAGGAGGAUGCCCUUUGGUCUUUGCAAUGCUCCUGGCACUUUCCAGCGAUGCAUGAUUAGCAUUUUUUCUGAUUUCAUUGAAAACUGCAUGGAAGUCUUUAUGGACGAUUUCACUGUCUAUGGUUCCUCUUUUGAUGCAUGCUUGAACAGUUUAAACUUGAUAUUAGAAAGAUGCAUCGAGACUAACCUUGUUUUAAAUUAUGAAAAAUGUCAUUUUAUGGUUAGGCAGGGAAUUGUUCUUGGUCACAUUAUUUCUGAAAAAGGAAUUUCUGUUGACCCUGCUAAGAUUGAUGUGAUUUCUACACUGCCUUACCCGUCUUGCGUUCGCGAGAUUCGUUCUUUUCUUGGUCAUGCAGGUUUUUACAGGCGUUUCAUCAAGGAUUUCAGCAAGAUAGCUCUUCCGCUGUCAAACUUGUUGAAGAAUGAUGUCACUUUCAGCUUCGAUGACAAGUGCAAACAAGCGUUUGACUUCUUGAAGAAAGCAUUGACCUCCGCUCCCAUAAUCCAGCCCCCUGACUGGACCCUCCCUUUUGAGCUUAUGUGUGAUGCUUCUAAUUAUGCUGUUGGAGCUGUCCUUGCACAAAGAAUUGACAAGGCUGCCCAUGUUAUUUACUAUGCUUCUAGGACUUUAGAUUCUGCACAGUCAAAUUACACUACCACUGAAAAAGAACUGCUAGCUAUUGUUUUUGCUCUUGAUAAAUUCAGAUCUUAUUUGCUAGGUUCCAAGGUUGUUGUUUUUACUGACCAUGCAGCUUUGAAAUACUUGCUGAAGAAGCCGGAUGCAAAACCGAGAUUGAUCCGAUGGAUGUUGUUGCUCCAAGAGUUUAAUGUAGAGAUUAAAGACAAGAGUGGAGCUGAGAACUUAGUGGCUGACCACUUGAGCAGGAUAGAGAGAGAUGAAGAUCCUUUUCCUAUUCAGGAUGAUUUUCCUGAUGAGCAGUUGUUUCUUUUACAUGGUAUUACACCUUGGUUUGCUGACAUUGUUAAUUUUCUUGUUGCUGGUGUUUUUCCUACAGGUGCAUCGAGAUCACAGGUUCAUAAACUCAAGAGUGAUGCCAAAUAUUAUGUUUGGGAUGAUCCAUAUCUAUGGAAGUUUGGUAGUGAUCAGGUAAUCAGAAGAUGUGUCCCCGACAAUGAGACUUGUAAAGAGUGCCAAAUAGCAGGCACAAACAUCACUCGCAAGAGUGAAAUGCCUCAGCAGCCUAUGCUUUUCUGUGAGGUUUUUGAUGUAUGGGGAAUCGACUUCAUGGGUCCCUUUCCCGUAUCAUUUGGUUUUCUUUAUAUUUUGCUUGCUGUUGAUUAUGUUUCAAAGUGGGUGGAAGCUAUCCCCACUAGGACUAAUGAUUCUAGAGUUGUUGCAGAUUUUGUCAGGUCUAAUAUCUUUUGUAGGUUUGGAAUACCGCGAGCUAUCAUCAGUGACCAAGGCACUCAUUUCUGCAACCGCACCAUGGAAGCUUUGCUCCGAAAGUAUGGAGUUGUGCACAGAGUCUCUACUGCAUAUCACCCACAGACGAAUGGGCAAGCUGAGGUCUCAAACAGGGAGAUCAAACAGGUUUUAGAGAAAAUGGUGCAGCCAAACAGGAAGGACUGGAGUCGUCGUCUAGAAGACGCACUUUGGGCUCAAAGAACAGCUUUCAAGACACCCAUUGGGAUGUCUCCUUAUCGACUUGUUUUUGGUAAGGCAUGCCAUCUUCCUGUUGAGGUAGAACACCGUGCUUAUUGGGCGGUGAAAAGUUGUAAUUUUGAGUUGCAACAAGCAGGUAUUGAAAGAAAACUCCAAUUACAACAGCUGGAAGAGCUUAGAUUAGAGGCUUAUGAAAGCUCUAGGAUUUAUAAAGAGAAAACUAAGCACUUCCAUGAUAAAAUGAUUUCUAGGAAGGAAUUUUCUGUGGGCCAACAGGUUUUAUUGUUUAACUCCCGCCUAAAAGUAAUGGCUGGGAAACUUCGAUCCCGGUGGAUUGGCCCUUUUGUUGUUACUAAUGUUUUCCCUCAUGGUGCAGUAGAAAUAAAAAGUGCAGGUACUAACAAGGUGUUUAAAGUAAACGGACAGCGACUGAAGCUGUUCCAUGAAAGCUCAGUGCCUGAAGAAGAGGGACAUGUUGAAGAGCUCUCCUUGGAGAAGCCGUUCUACCCAGCAACUACACCGUCUGCUGGACAGUUCCAAUUAGUGCUUCCUGACCCUGAGAUAGAAAGAACACUCCACGCACGCAAGAGGCUCAACCGAGCUAAUAGCGUGCAUUCCGGUAACAUUGAUUCUAACCCUAUAUCUGAUUCUGAGCCUGACUACUUGCAUAACUUGUUUGCUUCGGAUUCUGAACUUGAUUUUGAAAUGGCUGAUAAUAGAACCUUAAGGCAAUUAGCUGCUCCUGAUGUGAAUUAUAAUGGCUUGUGUAUUGAAUAUGAUGCUGCUGCUGUUCCUUUUGAAUUAAAAUCAGGUUUAAUACACUUGUUGCCCAAGUUUAGUGGUCUUGCAGGUGAGGAUCCGCACAAACAUCUGAAAGAAUUCCAAGUGGUGUGUUCUACACCACUUAAGCCUGAAGGGAUCACUGAAGAUCACAUCAAACUUCGAGCUUUUCCUUUUUCAUUGCAGGGUGCAGCGAAGGAUUGGAUAUAUUAUCUCGAGCCAAACUCAAUUGCAAGCUGGACUGCCCUGAAAAAAGUGUUCUUGGAAAGAUAUUUUCCUGCUUCCAGAGCUGCCUCAAUAAGAAAGGAGAUUUGUGGCGUUAGACAAGGUAAUGAGUCGCUGACCGAGUAUUGGGAGAGGUUCAAACACUUGGUAUCUAGCUGCCCUCAACACCAGAUUACCGAGCAACUCCUCAUCCAAUACUUUUAUGAGGGGUUGUUACCAAUGGACAGGAACAUUCUUGAUGCUGCUAGUGGUGGAGCGCUAGUCGAUAAAACUCCAGCCGCUGCCAAAGCCCUCAUUGAAAACAUGUCUCUUAAUUCUCAACAGUUUACCACUAGAGACAAUUCUGUUCAAAGCGUGAAUCAAAUGCAGGUUUCUUCCAACAAAGCUCUAGAGACCAGACUUGACGAUCUCACCACCUUAGUCAAGCAGUUGGCAUUAGUAAAACCUCAAACAACAACUUUGUGCGGUAUUUGUACCUCUCCUGAGCACCCGACCGACACCUGUCCCAUUCUGAGAGACGAGUCCAUUACUGAGCUGCCACAAGCUUAUGCAGCCAACCUUUACAACCAAAACAGGUACAACAACACUCCUGACCUAUCCACCAACAAAUAUCAUCCCAGUUGGAGGAACCAUCCCAACCUUCGAUAUGGAAACCCACAAACCAGCCAACAACAGAAUCCACCUCAAGCUGUUGCCUCUACACCUUCCGGACCAUCCUUAGAGGAUCUUGUUAAACAAAUGUCCGUGAACAACCUCCAGUUCCAACAAAGGACCGAUGCUAGCAUUCAGACCUUGACAACACAGAUGGGACAAAUGGCCAAUGCAAUAGGCCAAUUACAAGCUCAAGGCUCCGGUAACCUUCCUGCACAAUCAGUUCCGAACCCAAAUGGGAAUGUGAGUGCAAUUACCUUGCGAUCCGAAGAGUGACCGAACCAGCUCCAGCUCCAGAGAAAAGAAAAAAAAACCAUUGCAACAUCAUCUGUUCCUGAACCUGCUGAACCUUCUGCGACCGCUGAGACUGCUGAGACUGAAAAAGCAUAUGUGCCACCAAUCCCUUUUCCUCAAAGGGUGCAGAAAAAUAAAAAGAAUAAGGCGGAAGAAGACAAGGAGAUUCUUGAUGUAUUCAGCAAAGUAGCAGUCAAUAUUCCUCUCCUCGAUGUGAUCAAGCAGAUUCCGAAAUAUGCAAAAUUCUUGAAGGAUUUGUGCACAAACAAGAGGAAAGUAAAGGGAAAUGAGAGAGUUAAUCUGGGCCGAAAUGUUUCAGCCCUUAUUGAGUCUAAUGCUGCACUCGAACCUGAGCCUGAAAAAGCUAAUGUCUCAGCCCUCAAUCAGGCCAUGCCACAGAAAUGCAAGGAUCCAGGAACUUUCUCUAUUCCGUGUACCAUUGGGGAUAGAAAAUUCGAAAAUUGCAUGUUAGAUUUAGGAGCUUCUAUUAAUGUCAUGCCUACUUCUAUUUUUAACAAUCUUGAUCUUGGUCCUUUGCAGCAUACAGGUCUUACUAUUCAGCUAGCAAACAGGAGCAAUGCUCGCCCUGUUGGAGUGGUGGAAGAUGUGCUAGUUCAAGUUAAUGACUUGAUUUUCCCUGCAGAUUUUUACAUCCUUGACAUGGCUGGAGAAACAGAGUCAAGCAGAUCGCCGAUCAUCUUGGGCAGACCAUUCAUGAAGACGGCAAAGACAAAAAUCGACGUUGAUGAUGGGACCAUGUCCAUGGAAUUUGGUGACAUUGUUGCAAAGUUUAAUAUUUUCGAUGCUAUGAAAUACCCUUUAGAAGAGCACUCUGUUUUUCAAUUAGAACUGCUUUCUGAAAUUGUUGAUGAAUUUCAUUCUGAUUUGUGUUCAGCUGAUGAUUACUCAUGUGAUGUUUGUACCGAUACUAACCUCUGUGUUGGUUGUGCUGAGUUUAAUUUGCAGGGCGAAGGAGAAGUUGUCAAUGAGGCUGCCAAUGAAGUUGUUUACGCAGUUGAAACUCUUGACAUUCCGACUGUUCCAACAAAACCAUCCAUAGAACAACCACCAUCCUUGGAGCUUAAACCACUUCCUGAGAACCUGAAAUAUGCUUACUUGGAGAGUAAUGAAAAACUCCCUGUUAUUAUCUCUUCUAACCUUGAUUUCGAUCAAGAACACAAACUUUUGCAGGUCCUGAAGAAGCACAAGAAAGCAAUCGGGUGGACAUUAGCCGACCUUCCAGGUAUUAGUCCAUCGAUGUGCAUGCACAGGAUUCUACUUGAGGAUGGAUCCAAAACAGUAAGGCAGCCCCAAAGGAGGCUUAAUCCUUUGAUUCUUGAUGUUAAAUCUGGACUUACAGUGGUGAAAAAUGAAAAAAAUGAACUUGUUCCCACUAGAGUUCAGAACAGCUGGAGAGUUUGUAUUGAUUACAGGAGAUUGAACCAGGCUACGAGAAAGGAUCACUUCCCUUUACCGUUCAUUGACCAAAUGCUUGAACGGCUAGCUGGUAAAUCACAUUAUUGUUUUCUUGAUGGUUUUUCAGGUUAUUUUCAAAUUCAUAUUGCACCGGAAGAUCAAGAGAAGACCACUUUUACCUGUCCCUUCGGUACUUUUGCUUACAGGAGGAUGCCCUUUGGUCUUUGCAAUGCUCCUGGCACUUUCCAGCGAUGCAUGAUUAGCAUUUUUUCUGAUUUCAUUGAAAACUGCAUGGAAGUCUUUAUGGACGAUUUCACUGUCUAUGGUUCCUCUUUUGAUGCAUGCUUGAACAGUUUAAACUUGAUAUUAGAAAGAUGCAUCGAGACUAACCUUGUUUUAAAUUAUGAAAAAUGUCAUUUUAUGGUUAGGCAGGGAAUUGUUCUUGGUCACAUUAUUUCUGAAAAAGGAAUUUCUGUUGACCCUGCUAAGAUUGAUGUGAUUUCUACACUGCCUUACCCGUCUUGCGUUCGCGAGAUUCGUUCUUUUCUUGGUCAUGCAGGUUUUUACAGGCGUUUCAUCAAGGAUUUCAGCAAGAUAGCUCUUCCGCUGUCAAACUUGUUGAAGAAUGAUGUCACUUUCAGCUUCGAUGACAAGUGCAAACAAGCGUUUGACUUCUUGAAGAAAGCAUUGACCUCCGCUCCCAUAAUCCAGCCCCCUGACUGGACCCUCCCUUUUGAGCUUAUGUGUGAUGCUUCUAAUUAUGCUGUUGGAGCUGUCCUUGCACAAAGAAUUGACAAGGCUGCCCAUGUUAUUUACUAUGCUUCUAGGACUUUAGAUUCUGCACAGUCAAAUUACACUACCACUGAAAAAGAACUGGUAGCUAUUGUUUUUGCUCUUGAUAAAUUCAGAUCUUAUUUGCUAGGUUCCAAGGUUGUUGUUUUUACUGACCAUGCAGCUUUGAAAUACUUGCUGAAGAAGCCGGAUGCAAAACCGAGAUUGAUCCGAUGGAUGUUGUUGCUCCAAGAGUUUAAUGUAGAGAUUAAAGACAAGAGUGGAGCUGAGAACUUAGUGGCUGACCACUUGAGCAGGAUAGAGAGAGAUGAAGAUCCUUUUCCUAUUCAGGAUGAUUUUCCUGAUGAGCAGUUGUUUCUUUUACAUGGUAUUACACCUUGGUUUGCUGACAUUGUUAAUUUUCUUGUUGCUGGUGUUUUUCCUACAGGUGCAUCGAGAUCACAGGUUCAUAAACUCAAGAGUGAUGCCAAAUAUUAUGUUUGGGAUGAUCCAUAUCUAUGGAAGUUUGGUAGUGAUCAGGUAAUCAGAAGAUGUGUCCCCGACAAUGAGAUUGAAUCUAUUUUGAAAUUUUCUCAUGCAUCUCAAGUCGGCGGACACUUUGGUCCGCAAAGAACUGCGAGAAAAGUACUUGAUUCAGGUUUCUAUUGGCCAACUAUUUUUAAGGAUGCUUAUGAGACUUACCGCACUUGUAAAGAGUGCCAAAUAGCAGGCACAAACAUCACUCGCAAGAGUGAAAUGCCUCAGCAGCCUAUGCUUUUCUGUGAGGUUUUUGAUGUAUGGGGAAUCGACUUCAUGGGUCCCUUUCCCGUAUCAUUUGGUUUUCUUUAUAUUUUGCUUGCUGUUGAUUAUGUUUCAAAGUGGGUGGAAGCUAUCCCCACUAGGACUAAUGAUUCUAGAGUUGUUGCAGAUUUUGUCAGGUCUAAUAUCUUUUGUAGGUUUGGAAUACCGCGAGCUAUCAUCAGUGACCAAGGCACUCAUUUCUGCAACCGCACCAUGGAAGCUUUGCUCCGAAAGUAUGGAGUUGUGCACAGAGUCUCUACUGCAUAUCACCCACAGACGAAUGGGCAAGCUGAGGUCUCAAACAGGGAGAUCAAACAGGUUUUAGAGAAAAUGGUGCAGCCAAACAGGAAGGACUGGAGUCGUCGUCUAGAAGACGCACUUUGGGCUCAAAGAACAGCUUUCAAGACACCCAUUGGGAUGUCUCCUUAUCGACUUGUUUUUGGUAAGGCAUGCCAUCUUCCUGUUGAGGUAGAACACCGUGCUUAUUGGGCGGUGAAAAGUUGUAAUUUUGAGUUGCAACAAGCAGGUAUUGAAAGAAAACUCCAAUUACAACAGCUGGAAGAGCUUAGAUUAGAGGCUUAUGAAAGCUCUAGGAUUUAUAAAGAGAAAACUAAGCACUUCCAUGAUAAAAUGAUUUCUAGGAAGGAAUUUUCUGUGGGCCAACAGGUUUUAUUGUUUAACUCCCGCCUAAAAGUAAUGGCUGGGAAACUUCGAUCCCGGUGGAUUGGCCCUUUUGUUGUUACUAAUGUUUUCCCUCAUGGUGCAGUAGAAAUAAAAAGUGCAGGUACUAACAAGGUGUUUAAAGUAAACGGACAGCGACUGAAGCUGUUCCAUGAAAGCUCAGUGCCUGAAGAAGAGGGACAUGUUGAAGAGCUCUCCUUGGAGAAGCCGUUCUACCCAGCAACUACACCGUAG